AUGGAUCAUGUUAUCAGGUUCCUAAAAGGUUUAAACGAGCAGUUCAAUGGAGUAAAAUCACAAAUAAUGCUGAUAGAUCCACUUCCAGAGGUCAAUAAGGCAUUUGCACAUUAUUCUGAUAAUAAAAAUGCACCUUAUGGUAGAGGAAAAUGGAGGCCAAGCAAUGGUAGAGGAAAUGGAAACAAAUUCUGUACAAAUUGCAAGAAGACUAAUCAUACAAUAGAGACAUGCUACUUCAAGCAUGGAUUUCCUCCAGGCUAUAAACCACGUAGCCAAUAUUCAGCUGCAAAUGUUACUCUACGAUUGAGAGGUCUUCUGCAAUCACUGUCAGCCAAAGAAAAUAAUGUUUCUCACAGUGCAAAUCUUGUUCAGGCAUUCUCUGCAAAGAAAUAUACGAAGGAAACGAUUGGUUUAGCUGAAGAAAGAGAAGGGUUGUAUGUGUUAGUCACCAAGAUCAUGAAGCAAAACCCAUCAGCAUUCGAUUCUCAUUCUAUUUCUCAGCAUAGCAGUAGCAAUAAUGCCUCAUAUUGUAAUAAUUCCUCUUUAGAAAACAAUGGUUCAGUUUUAUGGCAUUAUAGACUUGGCCAUUUAUCUCAUUCUGUGAUGAAAACAAUGUAUAAGAAAUUUCCUUUCCUAUCAAUGAAAGAUGAUUCUCCUUGUGACAUAUGUCAUUUUGCAAAACAAUCCAAACUUCCUUUUCCCUCAAGCACCACAACCACUGAAAAACCUCUCCAAGUCUUACAUGCAGACAUAUGGGGCCCUUACUCAACCCCAUCAUUACAUGGUCACAAAUACUUUCUCACAUUGGUCGAUGAUGACAACUGCUAUACAUGA